UGGAGGGAGCCGCUGCUGUUGCCCGGAGCAUGAACCUCGAGCAGCGCAGGAGGAUGCGCCGCGGCCGGUAGCUCCCGCCGGACACCUUGCAUUGAGGGCCCGCCAAUAUGCGCCAGGCCUUGACUCAGCCGCGCCCCAGCGCGAUCCCCCUCUCCGAUUCUGUGGGGUCUUUCAAUAGAAGAAAAAGAAAUUCCCUCUACGUAACGGUGACUCUUCUCAUUGUGUCUCUGUUAAUUCUUACGGUUGGUCUUGCUGCCACGACAAGAACGCAAAAUGUGACUGUUGGAGGUUAUUACCCAGGGGUUAUUCUUGGCUUUGGGUCAUUUCUUGGAAUUAUUGGAUCAAAUUUGAUAGAAAAUAAAAGGCAAAUGCUGGUUGCUUCAAUCGUGUUCAUCAGCUUUGGCGUCAUCGCUGCCUUCUGCUGUGCCAUUGUGGAUGGUGUGUUUGCUGCCAGGCACAUAGAUCUCAGACCACUGUAUGCAGGACGAUGUCACUACUAUUCCAAAAGUACAGCUCAGCCAGAGGCAGUCUGCCACCCCCAGCACCGCAGCCCCUGCACGCCCAAGAUCAAAGGCAACACCUGCUUCUGCUGCGACCUCUACAACUGUGGGAGAGUGGAGAUUUCCGGUGGUUAUUACGAGUACAUUGACGUCAGCAGCUGCCAAGAUAUCAUUCACCUUUACCACCUGCUCUGGUCAGCAACCAUUUUGAACAUCGUGGGCUUGUUUCUCGGGAUCAUCACUGCUGCAAUCCUAGGAGGCUUUAAAGAUAUGACUCCCUCACUUCCUGCUAUAAACUGCACAGUUGAAAAUGCACGGCCCACUGUAUCUUACUAUUCGAGACCCCAGGUGACGUCAUACAAUACAUAUUACCACAGCACGCCUCACCUGCCACCAUAUUCAGCCUAUGACUUCCAGCAUUCCAGUGUCUUCCCGGCCUCCACACCAUCUGGCCUUUCUGACGAUCCUCUGUCGGUGUCGCCGUCGCCAAGCUACGUCUGGUCCCCUACUGCUCCUCCUCGUUACUCCCCACCGUAUUUUCCACCUUUUGAAAAGCCACCACCUUACACGCCAUGAAGGACGGGUAGAAACUGUGCCACUAAUUGUGAAACCUUUUUGUACUGGAGGGAGGGUGGGGAAGAGAGAGGGGGCACACUUAUUACAUAGCAUACAUAAUCCAUUUAAAAUAGAGGAACCCUGCAACAGUCUUCCCAUAGACCAGGCCUAGGCCAAAUUGAUGCUAAGUGCCAGCAGCAAGAAGGAACAAAUCCUGCAUUCAGCACCUGCAGUCUUGCUCUGUUUGCUUCUUCAAAAUCCAUCAUGAUUAGUUGGCCGCUGUGGACUUGUUGCUUUGAGGGUUUGGUCACUUUGAGCAAAUUGCUGAAAGUGCUGUGUGGCUAAUCAGGCACACCCUGCUUUUCUCAAAAGGUGUUGAUAAACUGGUGUUCCUAAUUCCUUUUGUCCUCUUUAACAAAAUUGCUGGGCUCAGUGGAAUGUAGCUGACGGUGAAGAUUUAAAGGAGGAACCCAAGAGCUUGAGUGUAUGAAAUGAAUGCUCUAGACUAGUAGGAGGAAUUAUUAAUAAUAAUAAUAAUAAUAAUAAUAAUAAUAAUAAUAAUAGAUAUAUGAAGCCUUAAUUUUGCACACUGAAAAUAGGCCUUUGAUUAGGAAUUGAAGGUCACUGUAGAUGCAGCUGUUUGUUAGGCAAUGGCAUUCUACUGACACCUAGCGACAUUCUGUGAGCAUUACCUCACAGUAGAAAAACAAAGGUUGCUUCACACACUAGUUUUUAUCUUUACAUAUGUUGGUGAUGGAUACAUAUAAACCGGCCUUUAUUUUCCUAGUUAGGUUUUUAAUAUAGCCACAAUCAAAAAUAGGUGCUAUGCCAAAUAUUUUCUGCUCUUUUAAACAGCACAAGAGCCACACAGUUUGGCUGGAUGCACAUGAUCAAAUGUAACUUCCCCCUCUUUCCUUGCAAGAGGAUGCUAAUUAAGCUGCUUAGCACCUUCAAGCACUGGAUUUCCAUCAUUUGUUCCAACACAAGCCCUGUUUGGGUGUUCAGGCACUCUGCAUGUAAACAAACACAUGUAAGAGAUGUGGGAAGGGGGUGCCAAAGCCCACCCCUUACAGCUCAUCCUCCACACCCCAUUUUAUAUUAAAGUUCUGCAACUGGAGGUCUUCCAUACUCACAGUGGCUGCUUCUGCUGCUCAGUGGUAGGGCAUUUGCCCUGCAUAUAGGAGUUCCAAGAUUCAAUCCCUGGCAUUACUGUGUAAACCGUUGCCUGCAAUCCUGAAGAGCUGCUGCCAGGCAAUAUACACACAAUCCUCAGCUAGAUGGACCAUUGUUCUGAUUCAUUAUAAGGCCGGCUCCCCGUGAAACUGACACAAAUAGGUGGGUUUAAAUAGUGCAAGCAGCUCAGCCUCCACAAGAAGAGGAGGCUCCCCACCUGUCUUCACACCACUGGAGUCCCUCAAGUAGAGAGUGUUCAGUGUAGCCAUUUUGGGACUCUUGGGUGAUCAGGAACUGAGGCUGACAUUAACUGUCCUCUAAGCUGUGCAGCUAGACCUAGACUGCAUGCCUGCAUUAUUCAUAGGCUUACAUAGUCAGCUUCAAAUGACACACAACUCUGCAUGCAGAAUCUUCAGCUUGUACAAAUCCUAGGAAAUCGUGGUCUGAUUUACACUGUAUGUUACCGUCUCUCAUACAUCUUAAUAGGGAACACUCAAAUGUUUGAAGCAGGUAUGUACCGUAUUUUUUGCUCUAUAAGACUCACUUUUUCCCUCCUAAAAAGUAAGGAGAAAUGUGUGUGUACGUCUUAUGGAGCGAAUGCAGGCUGCACAGCUAUCCCAGAAGCCAGAACAGCAAGAGGGAUUGCUGCUUUCACUGUGCAGCGAUCCCUCUUGCUGUUCUGGCUUCUGAGAUUCAGAAUAUUUUUUUUCUUGCUUUCCUCCUCCAAAAACUAGGUGCGUCUUGUGGUCUGGUGCGUCUUAUAGAGUGAAAAAUACGGUAUAUAAUUGCAAGUCGUCAUCCCCUCCCCCAAAAAACCACGGAUACUUAGUGAGUGUUCACUGUGUCUUCUUACAGAUCUCUCCCCUUAUUUGCAAAGUCCACCACAGUAUGAAGUGGACCGUAGAUUCCUGCUUUUAAAAAACAAACAAACAAACACCUUAAUGAAUUUAUUAUAAAGGGCUGCUUCUGCUUGUGACUAAGUUCAAAGCAAGGGGAUUUGCCCCGAAUAAGAAAAACUAGUAUUUUAAAGAACAAUGCAAUUGGAAAGCUUUUAGCUUUCACAGCUCUAGCAAUUUAGAAUGUUGCAUUUUGUAUGUGUGGCCGGUUUGGUGAAUUGGACCAUGGUUCACUGCAAACAGCAAUGCAGACCUAGGUUCAAAUUCCCACUGAGCCGCCAGCCUAACCUACUUUUUGGUGUUUGGGAGGAAAACACAUGAAAGAGAUUUUACUGCAACAUUUAAAUACCUGAAUUGUGUAAUUGCUUCAUGGUAGCUAAUCAAGUCUGUAUUUUAAGCUGUAAGAGAUGGAGGAGUUUGGGAAGCCAUGCAUUGCAUUGCUUAAUAGAGGGGUAUCCAGUGUGCUCUCCAGAUGUUUCUGAGCCACACCAUUCUACACCAUUAGCCAUGCCUGCUGGAGUGAUAGUUGUAGUCCGGCAACAUUUCCAGGGUGCUACAUUGGCUACCACAGGCUUAAUAUAUGUGCUAAGCAUCUUAAUACUGAUACUAGGGAGCUCUCAAGACUUUGUGAGCUUUUGUGUCCUAUCACCAAUUGAGUGCUGUUCUGGAUUGUGGCCAGAGACUGAAUGCUAUUCAUUCUGGGGAGGUGGGGAGGAAAGAGUUGUACAAAAACAGGUAUCAGAGCAUGUUCUGUUCACCUUGUCAAUUCAUUCACCGGUUCACUGUUUGCUUGGGUUUCACAGAAUGCUUUGCACAAACUAGGGUUAGUCAGCAUGGUAGACUCCAGAUACUGGACUGCACCUCCCCUAUCUUCCAGGCCAACCUUAUUGUGUAAAGUCACAGAAGCAGGUGGUAAAAAAGCCUGCGCUGAAGAGUUGUGCAUUUCAAUAGCCUGGAUCUUCUCUUCUCAUUAAUGCCACUGCCUCGACAUCACACUAAAGCUGCAAGGCUGCAUCUGCUUACUUUGCAGUAAGCCUAAUCAAACUCGGUGAGAUUUACUUCCAAAAUAGCCAAAGAUAGGAAUGUGCUAUAAAAGUUUUUCAUUGCCUAAAAACCCAUUGCCUACAAUCAUCUGAGGAUUUUAAGAGACGUUUUCCAUCAGGGCUGGGGAACCUGUGGCCCGUCAGAUGGCAUUGGACUCUAAAUUCCAUCAGCUGGAGACAGCAGUCGUCAUCAGCGACGCCAAAAGCUGGAGACUGGCAACUUGAAGUCCACAGGUUUCUCAGUGUAGCUUCUAGUUCAUUCGGCAUUAUAUAAAACGGGUGUGCUCUCUUGCAUCAUAAGCCCAAGGUUUGCCAAAAUGUUGUGGUGUUUUCAUUCCCAUCUGCAGGGCUUUGCUCAAGGUUUGCCAGGUUUCAAAGCAACUUCAGCAGAGCAGUUAAACACAUCCUUGCCCCAUGUCCACCUUUUCUCCAGAAUAUCUUGGGGCACAAGCUUUUUGGAGUGGGAGGGUUUGACUCUGCGCUAAGAUUUCAUUAAUUGUGUUAACCUCAUUUGUAUAGCAAUCCCUGCUAUCAUACUCUUAAGAGUCUAGAACAGGGCUGGCCUCUAACAGUACCUUUAGAUUUCAUUAUCAUUGAGUGCCAAAGACAUUUGAACAAUUGGAAUGGUUAUGUCACAGUGUCCUUGCUGCUUUUAAAAAAGUGUCUUUUUUUACAUGAAGAAAAUAGCAGUUCAUCUCCACCCUGGUGACCAGUUUGCUUUUUAGCUUUGAUAGAAGUGUAUGCAAUCACCUGUAAAUGUAAAGAAGUCACAUGUGCUGUAUUAUCAUCUUCAAAUCCAUUUCUUGUGAGAAUGUAAUGCACACAUGGUUCAUGUGCCCUCGGAAUAAUUUAUAAAAAUAAAAAUGGUAAGAAUUUUG